AUUAGCUUCGUUAGGCUAGCUAUUCAGGGACAUCUCUGGCGGCGGACUGCUGUGACCGUGCCAGACAAGGAUCGGAGCUUGGUGCAAUCGAACGAUAUACAUGCUGCGAUUUGCUCCAGAUCAAGCUGGUCUGCAUCGCGUGGAUCCAUUUAUCUGAUCAAGCCAAUAGUAGGAUUGUGCGUCCGGAUCCAUUUGCACGAUCAUCAUGACGACAGAAAUCUCCACCUCCAUAAACAUCAAGGAGCCUCGAUGGGACCAAGGGACGUUUAUGGGCCGGGCCAAACACUUCUUCACUGUUACCGACCCCCGCAACGUCCUGCUUACUAACGAACAACUAGAGAAUGCACACAAAGUCAUCAGUGACUACCGGCAAGGGGUGAUGUCCCCCGGGCUGACAGAGGACGAGCUAUGGAGAGCUAAGUACAUCUUUGACUCAGCCUUCCACCCAGACACCGGAGAGAAGAUGAUCCUGAUUGGCCGCAUGUCGGCUCAGGUCCCCAUGAACAUGACCAUCACUGGCUGUAUGAUGACCUUCUACAAGACAACUCCAGCUGUAGUCUUAUGGCAGUGGAUCAAUCAGUCCUUCAAUGCAAUAGUCAACUACACCAAUAGGAGUGGAGAUGCUCCUCUCUCAGUUAAUCAGCUUGGCACAGCCUAUGUAUCUGCUACCACAGGGGCAGUAGCCACGGCUCUAGGACUAAAUGCACUAACAAAGCACAUAUCUCCCCUCGUAGGGAGGUUGGUUCCCUUCGCUGCUGUUGCUGCUGCGAACUGCAUCAACAUCCCUCUCAUGAGGCAACGGGAACUGAAACACGGCAUUCCGAUAACAGACGAGAACGACAACCGGUUAGGAGAGUCAACCACCGCCGCUAAGCAGGCUAUCUCCCAGGUGGUGGUGUCUAGAAUCCUCAUGGCCUCUCCUGGAAUGGCUAUUCCUCCAUUUUUAAUGAACACCUUGGAAAAGAAAGCCUUCCUGAAGAAGUUCCCGUGGAUGAGUGCACCUAUUCAAGUGGUCUUGGUGGGAUUCUGCCUGGUGUUUGCCACUCCACUAUGCUGUGCACUGUUUCCCCAGAAGAGCUCUAUGUCAGUAAGCCGAUUGGAACCAGAGCUUCAGGAGAAGAUCCGUGCGAGCCACCCCGGGGUGGAGAGGAUUUACUUCAACAAGGGACUAUGAGUGUCCAGCUCACCAACAACCCUCCUGGCACUGCCAUACUACCCUCUCUCUAUCUGUACUGGCGGCAGACACCAACCCAGACACCAC